AUGAAAGAAAGGGUUGACUGGUACCAUGAAUGGACAUCGAAGACUUUUAAAGUUAAAGCCGAUACAGGAUGGGUUUCAGGAUGUUUAGACCUUAAAGCAGAUAAAACUUAUGUUAACGAUGAGUUAGAGAAGAAAGCAGACAAGAACCAUACACAUACAAGUUUUACAACUGUUGCUAUAGAAAGUAUUGAAGGAACGGUUGAAGAAACUGGUGGGGAUGCAAUAUAUUGUAAACCUCCUAACUUUCCACAAGGUUUAACAUCGGAUGACGACAUAACGACGAUGGGAAACAUUAGAUGUAAAGAUGUUUAUGUCAUGAAGGAUGAACAUAAUAUUAAAUUCACUGCUCAAGAUUUAUAUGACAAGAAAGCAGACAAAACAGAGCUUCAAACAUUAAAGACAGAAAUACUUCAAACAUUAUAUCCUAUAGGCUCUAUUUAUACGUCAAUGAACUCUACCAGACCAGAAGUAGUACUUGGUUUUGGAACUUGGACUCAAAUAGUCGACAGGUUUUUGUAUUGUGCAAACUCUUCAAAGGAAACAGGUGGAAGUAAAACGAUUUCAGGUGAAAAUUUACCUGCACAUAGUCACUACAUAGAUUUAAGUACAUCUCAAGCAGGUUGGCAUAAGCAUAAAUUUUGGGAUUGGUCAGCAAUGACAAAAGGUAAAGGAUAUGAUGUUAAAGACAACGUUCAGUUUGCUAUAAAUUGUUUCUGGGGUAACACUCAGGGAGAUGGAAACCAUACACAUCGCGUUUCGGGAUAUACGCAAACAACGGGACAAAGUAAAGACUACAUGCCACCUUACAUGACAGUUUACGCAUGGUAUAGAAAUGCUUAG